AUGGUGUUUCGAGGCAACACCAUCUUGGGGGUUUUCUUCAUAUCCCAGCUCUGUGUGGGUGUCAUUGGGAACCUGUUGCUCCUCAUGGUGUAUGUGCACAGCUCCUUAGUCAAAGCUCGCAUUAGCAGACCUAUCGAUCCCAUUUUCAUGCACCUAAUGAUAGUCAAUAUAUUGACAAUCAUAUUUUCUAUGAUAUUAUAUAUCUUGUCAUCCUUUGGAGUACCCAAUUUUCUGGAUGACGCUGGCUGUAAGGCCACUGUGUAUAUAUACAGAGUCACCCGGGGUCUGUCCAUCUGCACCACCUCAAUUCUAAGUACAUUCCAAGCCAUCUCUAUCACUCCCAGUAAUUCAAACUGGGUAUGGCUUAAGCCUAAGCUCUCUAAAUGGACUUGUCACUCCUUCCUGUUUUCCUGGUUCAUCAACCUGACCCUGUAUGUGCGCAUCAUUGAGACAGUGAUAAUAAAAAUCAAUAACACUGAUGUUGACUACGGAUUUUAUCACCCUUACUGUAAAAUGAGACCAUUUGAGUACCCCAAUCCAGAAUUAUUCCUGAAUAUUAUCAUAAUAAGAGACCUCUUCUUUGUGGCCAUCAUGGUGUGGACCAGUCUCUACAUGGUGAUUCUCCUCCUCAGACACCACAAGAGAGCCCAGCAUCUCCACAGCCCAAGCCUCUCCUCCUCUCAGGCAUCUCCUGAACACAAAGCCACUCACAGCAUCUUGUUGCUGACGAGCUGCUUUGUGUUCUUUUAUUUGGUGAAUAACUUCAUCACCCUCUAUGGGUUUUCUACACAUGAAAGAAAGCCAAACCUGGGGGCAAUUGUUGUAGUCGUGCCAUCAUUCUACCCCACUCUCUGCCCUUUUUUACUGAUGAACAUUAAUAAAAUUAUUUCACGCUUUAUUUCUUCCCUGCCAGUACUGAGAAUUGCCUGUUUUCAGAGAGCUGUUGGUGAGUGA